ACGUCAUGACGCCGCAACCGGAAGCGGAAGUGUCGCUUGGUUGUUGUCGUCCGUCGGGCCCGCUGAUCAGCUGGAGACCUGCCCGGGGCCUUGAAGAUGUCGUCCAGCCUCGAGAAACACUUGUUCAACCUUAAGUUUGCUGCAAAGGAGCUUUCCAGAAGUGCCAAAAAAUGUGAUAAAGAAGAGAAAACAGAGAAAGCCAAAAUCAAAAAGGCAAUUCAGAAAGGUAAUAUGGAAGUAGCAAGAAUACAUGCAGAAAAUGCAAUCCGGCAAAAGAACCAGUCCAUCAACUUUUUGCGUAUGAGUGCCAGAGUGGAUGCCGUAGCAGCACGUGUGCAGAGUGCAGUUACAAUGGGCAAGGUAACCAAAUCUAUGGCAGGGGUUGUCAAAUCCAUGGACAUCACCUUAAAAAGCAUGAAUUUAGAAAAGAUUUCUGCUCUGAUGGAUAAAUUUGAACAUCAAUUUGAGACGUUAGAUGUGCAAACCCAGCAAAUGGAGGACACGAUGAGUAGCACAACUACUCUAACCACACCACAGGGCCAAGUAGAUUCACUGCUGCAUGAAAUGGCUGAUGAAGCUGGUCUUGAUUUGAACAUGCAGCUUCCUGAAGGCCAAAUGGGAUCAGUCGGUGCCAGUGUGGCAUCAACAGAACAGGAUGAGCUUUCCCAAAGGCUUUCACGACUCCGAGAUCAAGUGUGAAAACGAAGAAAACCAUUGGCCGCCUUACGCUAGGAAUAAUUUCGUUUUUAUCAUCUAUUGUAAUGUUGCAAGUAUAUUUAGAUUUUCUUUACAGUGCAGCUGCUGGGACACUGUCACCAACAAUGAUAGCGUUCCAAGUAAACCAGUGAGAUGGUUAAUACAUUGUCACUCAGUUUCCUCCACCAUCCAUUGUACAGUGCAUGUCCCAAUGCAAAUGGGGAAUCUGACCUUCCUUUUAGGGGAAAAAAAAAUUAAGAUGCACUUUUCUAUCCGGAAGAAGUUAUACACGUUAUGUAACUGAGGCAAUUUAUCUCUCUAAAAUGUAUUUUAAUUUUGCUAUUUAAAAAGUAUCUUAAAUAGUCAGAGCACAUCAUGAGCAAAACAAGAAGUAUGGAUUGAAAGAUGAUUGGAAAUAUUUUUUGUAGCACAAUGUGUUUAAUCUUAAUUUCACCACACUGGAAGGUCUUGCUUUUAACUCCAAUUCAGCUGUUUCCAUAGUUGCUAGAAUGGUCUCUGAAAUUGUAAAAUUUAAUCUGUUUAAGGAGUCUGAACACAACUGUUCAUUUUUGUAAAGUGUAAAUUGAAAAAUGGGGAGGGGUAUAAAUGAGUACUAUUGCAUUAAAGCUCCAGAUGAUCACA